UUUCUAAGAUGGCGACGAAAAAACGCGUCUUGUGUGAAUGUAAUCAUAACAAAUUGUGAUUUUUAUUAAUAAAUGUGUCUAAAAGUGCAUGAAAACUAUAAGAAAACAAUAAAGAAUAAAUAGUGCAACAAAUACAUGUGAAAUUGUGCGUGAGAAACAAGAUACAAUGACCACAAAUAUGUAUCGUGUCGGAGACUAUGUCUAUGUGGAGACAUCUCCGAACAGUCCAUAUCUCAUACGUCGCAUAGAGGAACUGAAUAAAAAUCAAUCCGGAAAUGUUGAAGCAAAAGUUAUGUGCUUCUACAGGAGGCGUGAUCUUCCAAAUCCCUUGGUUCAAUUAGCUGAUAAACAUCAACUGGCCACUGCUGAAGACUCCCCUCUGGCAAUGAAGCUGAAGAAAACAUGGCUUAGAACACCAGUAGGAGAAGAACAAGCCGCACAAGCUGUGCUAGACCCUUCGAUAGCUGCCCUUGAUGAGGAACGUACAAGUCCUGUUAGUUCAGCUGGUGAUAAAGCUGCAGGGGGUAAUAGUGCGCCCUCCGAAAGGCAUGAGCCCUUGACAGCUAAACAACGCUAUCAAAUCAAGCAUCGCGAAUUAUUUCUUUCGCGCCAAGUUGAGUCUUUACCCGCCACACAAAUUCGAGGCAAAUGUUCGGUGACAUUGCUGAAUGAAACGGAAUCUCUUCAAAGUUAUAUAAAUAAAGACGAUACCUUUUUCUAUUGCUUGGUAUUUGAUCCUACACAAAAAACGCUCUUAGCCGAUAAGGGAGAAAUCCGUGUAGGCAGCCGUUAUCAAAGUGAAAUUCCUGCUAAACUCAAAGAUACAGUAACGGACGAUCGCAAAUUAGAAGAGUUGGAGACAUUGAUAUGGACUCCGCAUCAUGCGCUAAACGAUCGCAAAAUCGAUCAAUUCUUGGUUGUGUCACGUUCAAUUGGCACAUUUGCACGAGCUUUGGACUGUAGUAGUUCUGUCAAACAACCUUCUUUGCAUAUGUCUGCGGCGGCAGCCAGUCGUGACAUAACAUUGUUUCAUGCCAUGGACACUUUGCACAAACAUAACUAUUCCAUAGAAGAAGCGAUGUGUUCUUUAGUUCCUUCCACUGGUCCAGUUUUAUGUCGAGAUGAGAUCGAGGAUUGGAGUGCUUCAGAGGCGAAUCUCUUCGAGGAAGCAUUAGAUAAAUAUGGCAAAGAUUUCAAUGAUAUACGACAAGAUUUCCUACCCUGGAAAACCUUAAAACAAAUUAUAGAAUAUUAUUACAUGUGGAAGACCACUGAUCGAUAUGUGCAACAGAAACGUGUGAAGGCUGUGGAGGCGGAGUUGAAACUGAAACAAGUUUAUAUACCGCAGUAUAAUUCAAACAAAACUGGUUCAAAAGGUGGCAACAUAUAUAAUGGUACAACAAAUGGCGGAGCCGAUGUCUCCAAUAUGGGAAAACCUUGCGAAUCUUGCGCAUGCCUCAAAUCAUCACAAUGGUAUCCCUGGACAGUUGGUCAUGUGUUGAACCGGCUUUGCCAAAGCUGUUGGGACUAUUGGAAAAAAUAUGGUGGUCUUAAAAGCAAAAAUGAUGGCAGUAUGGACGAGAAUAAGAAGAAAUUAUCGGACCAAGAUGAAGAAAAAGUCAGUGACUUGUCCAAUCGUCAAAUGCACAAAUGUUCGAUCGUCAAUUGUGGCAAAGAGUUUAAGCUAAAAACGCAUUUGGCCCGGCAUUAUGCUCAAGCGCAUGGCAUUGCAAUCAGUUCAAGUUCACCAAGGCCUAUAAUGAAGACUCGCACUGCAUUUUAUUUGCACACAAACCCCAUGACCAGAUUAGCUCGCAUUAUGUGUAGAAAUGUUAUAAAACCGAAAAGGGCAGCAAGACAAACCUCUUACGCCAUUAAUACCCAACUGGUAAAGCAGGAAUUCACCAACCGCAUGAGUGGCAAAUCGGAAGCUGAAAUAAAGAAAUUACUUUUGCUAAAGAAUAAAGAUCGAGGUAGUGUCACAAAGAUAGCAAAUCGCUUAGGUUCUCCUGGUUCGGGUCCUCACGAGUGGCUGAUACUGACACCUAAAGAUAAAAUGCCAAAACCCGAUGUUGUCUUUUUCCCCAAGCCACCAAAAGCCCCAGAUGGCAGUUUACUUUAUGACCGUAUUCCAAAUAAAAUCAUAGAUCUGGAAAAAGAUUUAACAAUCAUGCCGGCGACAGCGCCUUCAGUACUGCGUAAAAGAGUGCACGAAGAGACGCAACUAAAUGGCACGGAAGUGACCAUUGUUCCGGCUGGCCCUCCUGCCAAAAGACCCAACAAAGAUCCAAUGCCCUCACAUUGUCCGAGCCCUGAACAGUUCGCAGCAAUGAUGGCGGCUUCGGGACAACCGCUGUCUAGACAUCAUCUCAAUGGGAAGCCUAAAAUUGCUCAAAUGGCUCGCACAGGAAAUGGACGUAAACAGGUCAUUAGCUGGAUGGAUGCUCCUGACGAUGUUUAUUUUAGAGCAACAGAAGCAAGCAAGAGAGCGCGAAAAAUUCUGUCUCCUACCGACCUGAGACGAGCCGCACGAAAGCCUUGGCGGAAUAUUCCUAUAGCGAAGCCUGUAGUUGCGGCUACAAGACCUAUGGAAUCACAAGUUGUGAUAUUAGACUGACCGUCAUCAGCGGCAUCUUUGACAUCAAACACAUCCACAUCAUCAUCAUUAAUUGAGCAGCAACACCAUAUUACACAAUACCGUCAAAAACUUCCAACCACAAAGCAGUCACUACCAUCACAACCUUUCCGCUAUACAAUGGAUGCUCUUUUGAAUUGAAAUGCAUUGUAACACACCACUUAAUUGGAUUGGAUGAAGCCAACCGCAGAAGAUUCAACAAAAGAGUACGCAAAUGGAGAUUCUAAUGGUUAUUGUCAAUACCAAUGAAAACAGUUCUGUUUGGACAUUUUUUAACUGCUUCUUGUACAUAAAUUAAUGGUAACUUUAAGAUUCGCUUAAAGAUGAGCUAUAUAUUUAUAUAAAUAUAUA